CAACAACCCCCAGCCCAUCUCUAUCAUUUCUCCUCCCUUUCUUGCUUUCAUACUUCAGUUUUCCACCAAAUUGAUUUCACAAUUCCUAUCAAAUACUAGUAUUGAUUGCCAAGUGAUUUUCCCUUUCCUGCAGGUUCGAGUUUAUUCCACUGAUUUAACCAUGGCGGAUAAGCAUAUUUCAGCCAAAGGCAAUGGCGCGGAGAAAAGCCCACUUGUUGUCUGUUUUGGCGAAAUGCUGAUCGAUUUUGUGCCAACGGUUAACGGGGUUUCGCUUGCCGAAGCCCCGGCUUUCAUUAAGGCUCCCGGUGGCGCGCCAGCUAAUGUCGCCGUUUGUAUAUCAAAGUUAGGAGGAUCUGCGGCGUUUAUUGGAAAGGUUGGGGAGGACGAGUUCGGGCGAAUGCUGUCCGACACGUUGAAGAAAAACAACGUAAACAAUUCCGGUGUGAGGUUCGAUCGCAACGCGCGGACUGCGCUUGCAUUCGUCACUCUUAGAAACGACGGCGAGCGCGAAUUUGUGUUCUUUCGUAACCCGAGCGCGGACAUGCUUUUGACAGAGGCGGAGCUCGACGUAAAUCUCGUUAAGAAGGCGACGAUUUUUCACUACGGUUCGAUCAGCUUGAUCGAAGAUCCGUGCCGGUCGACGCAGCGCACGGCGAUGGAAAUUGCGAAGAAAUCCGGAAGCUUGCUCUCCUACGACCCGAACCUCCGGCUGCCGCUCUGGCCAUCGGAGGAUACGGCGCGUAAGGAAAUAAUGGCGGUUUGGGCCCAAGCCGAUAUUAUUAAGAUAAGCGAUGACGAGAUUUCGUUCCUGACCGAAGGGGCUGAUCCCGACGACGACGAUGCCGUGUUGAAGAAACUUUAUCACCCGAAUCUCCGACUUUUGAUCGUGAGCGAAGGAAAAGACGGUUGUAGAUACUACACGAAGCGCUUUAAAGGAAAAGUCGCUGGCGUUAAAGUCAAACCCAUCGAUACAACCGGCGCCGGGGAUUCGUUCAUGGGCGCCGUGCUCUAUUGCAUCGCGUCGGAUUUAGAACUUGUCGAGGAUGAGAAACGAUUGCGGGAGGCUCUUUUCUUUUCGAAUGCUUGUGGGGCCCUCACGGUGACGAAGAACGGCGCCAUUCCCGCCCUUCCUACAAAAGAAGAUGUUCAUAAAAUAAUGAAGGAAGUCGCAGCAGCUGACUCAAAAAGCGGCGAUAAACAAGGCUAGCAAUUAAACGUAUGUUAGAACUUCUAAUGUUGUAAUGUAACUCAUAAUUGUCGUUGAGGAUAGCGUCCUAACCAAGCUUGAGGUUUAUUAAUACUGAUUUUUUUGGAGUUUUUUUU